AAGAAGCGCAUCACAAUUUGAUAACAAUAAAAUAAUAUCUAUUUGCUUACAUUGUAAUUUAUUUUGAGUCGUAAAAUGAUAUAAGUUUUGUGUAUUUGCUGGAUAAAUUGCUUCUUAAACUACCACCUACCAUAAAAUAAUAUCAUGGAUGACGUUUUGGAUGAAACUGUUUCUUUGGAAGAUCUACGGAAAUUUGAAAAGAUUUACCAUGAACAAUUAAUGAAUCUAAAUGAAGUAAAUCCUAAAGCGCAAUUUGAAUAUGCUUGGUGUUUGGUUCGAAGCAAACAUUCUGUUGAUAUACGAAAGGGAAUAAUGCUGUUAAAAGAACUAUCCUUGCGCCAUCCUGAAGGCAAAAGAGAUUACCUUUUCUACCUUGCUGUUGGUAAUGCUAGAAUUAAGGAAUAUAACAAGGCACUUCACUAUGUCAAAACAUUCCUUGAAAUAGAACCUGCCAACCAACAGGUUCUUGCACUUGAAAGACAAAUUAAUAAACGCGUGGAAAAGGAAGGUAUCAAGGGUAUAGCAAUAGCUGGUGGAACUAUACUUGCGGUUGGCAGCCUCGUCGGCCUGGGCAUUGCACUGGCAUCCAAGGCAGCUAAAGGGAAAUAGUAUUUAGCUCUCAUAAUGAACGCUGCGGCUGGUGUUCAUUAUCUUCUCAAUCGGAGGGAUGCCCGCAAAGAGUAAACCAAAAAAAUGUAAUUUGUUUCGUCUUUAGUCGGUAGAAAUCACGCAAAAGUAUUUCAUAACUUAAGAAAUUAUUUAUUAUGUAUUGUAUUUUAUUUGUUUAGGCUUAAAGUUUAGCAUGUGAUAUAUUUAAUAUAAUUUUAUACUUUCAUUCCGUACAAUGUGAUUUCCUUUAACAUUGCCACAAAAAUGUCACUGCUUUCAAAAUAAUAUAAUAUGGAGUUAUA